AUGGGCUCCACUGGGGUCCUGCAGCCUCCCAAUGGUGUACCCUGGCAGCUGCGGAAGCCUGAAGAGGACCAAAAGCUGAUUUAUUCUGGGAAGCUGCUGCUUGAUCAUCAUUAUCUGAGAGAGUUGCUGCCAAAGCAUGGAGACUUGCAUGCUCUUCAUUUGGUAUACAACUUCAAGACUCCUGCAAAUAUGCAAGAAAGCAAUGCAGAGGUUAAAGCUGAUCAGCCAAAGUUACCGUCAGAAGCUAGUCAAGAACCAUCUAUAUCUUCCUCAAAUGGUGAAAGACUGAGAUGUUCUUCUGGUGGCCAGUCUUCAGCAGAAGCCAGUAACAGGCUGGGAACAACUCAGCGUCCCUUCCAAAGUGUGGCUUCUGGCUUUUCUGCUUAUACCACCUACAGCAUGCUUCAGAUGUCCUGGCUUCAGCAGAUUUACGCAAGACAGUAUUACAUGCAAUACUUGGCUUCUACUGCUGCACGUGCCGACCCCUCCCAUGCACGGCGUUCUCAGGAGAUAUCGGUGACACCCUCUGCUCCUCUCCCAGACCCAUUUCCAGCACAAAAUCAGCCUGGAAACCAUAAUGCUGCUGCCCAGGUUAAUGCAGUGGCCAACCAGAACUUGCGGAUGAAUGCCCAAGGGGGUCCCCUCAUGGAGGAAGAGGAGGAGGGCGGCAAUCGAGACUGGUUGGACUGGCUCUACUCAGCAACACUGUUCUAUGUUUUUGUCAACAUUAUCUAUUUCUACUCCAGUGUCAGCAGAUUCCUCCUGGUUAUGGGUGGCACUGUGCUGAUGUAUCUGCACCAUGUUGGAUGGCUUCCGUUUAGACAAAGACUGGUUCAGCCCUUCCCAGGCAAUGCUCCUCCUCAAGCUGCUGUAAACCAGGACCAGAACAAUAACUUACAGGGGGAAAAUGCAGGCAGAACAGAUGGAUCCGAGGCAUCUCCUGAUGAGGGACAAGUUUUACAAGAACUGCAGCAGGCCAACCCCUCAUUUAUGAGCACAGCAUGGGUUUUUUUCAAGACUUUCUUUGCAUCCCUCCUUCCAGAAGGGCCUGGAGUGACCCACAACUGA